AUGAAUGAAGUGUGUAGAGAGCUUUGGCGGGUUUUAAGACCUGGUGGAACGAUAGUUUGCGAAAUGCAAUUUGAAAGACUGAAAAGGCUAUCACAAUGGGGGUUGCUCGAAGAAUCUCAGUGGGAUCCCAUGCGCUAUAUGACGUGCCUUGAACCUGCCGGGGUUGUUAAUGUAAAGAUUGAGUGGAAAUCAGACGCGAAAGUUGGCGAGUAUCAGUUGGUCAAAGCAAGGAGACCGGUGGAGGACAAGGCCUUCGAAAACCCCGACGAGACAAUGCGAGAGCUCGAAAUGCAGAUCAAAAAGGAAGUGCUUAUAGCUGAACUGUUGAAAACGCGGCGAAAACUGACGAAGGAGGAGCAAGAUAUUCUAGACGAGGAGAUCCUUAUGAAGAAAUGA